UUCAAUCAAACUCAAAGCCUGGUAAUACUAUCAGUAAUACUAACUACUAUGAAAUUUCGUACUAAAUCGGCGAAAUCGUUCAGUUGUAAAAACUAAAAUAAGAUUAAGAGCUUAGGAUAUAAGUACGUGUCCAGCUGUUAACAGUUUGGCUCGCGAUUGUUACAAAUAUUAGUAAUAAUAGUACUAGAAGUUAGAACUAUGUUUGACCGAGUUGUCAUGAUUUCACCCACAAGUAUCAAAUCCAAGGUUAAAAAGGACAAGUGUGGAGAAGUAGUUGCCUACAGUGAGGGAGCUGUUCGGCAAAAUGCUGCAAUUGUAGAAUAUUGUCGUAUUUCUAUGUCGGCUCUGUCUGGUAGUACAGCUGGGCUCCUUGGACUGACGGCUUUAUAUGGAUUUGCAUUUUACUUUAUGAUGGCACUUGCUCUGUGGAUGAUGUUGAUUAUGAAAAUGGGUUCUGACUGGAAGAAAUACUUCAGAAAUCGAACUACAUUACUAACAAGUGGACUCUUUGGAGGUCUGUUUACGUACGUGCUGUUCUGGACAUUUUUAUAUGGAAUGGUUCACGUGUACUGAGAGUGUUGUGUGAAAUAUUUCUUCGUUUGCUUUAGUUUUCCCAAAGCAAGAAAACAUCCAUCAUGUUAUGUAAAUGUACAUUUGUUCGACUUUAAUGAAAGCAAUAUUGUAAGAUUGACGUUGUCGUUAUUACUUAAUUUAUUACCAGUUGAAUGUGUUAUGUACUUGUAGUGGUUAUUGCUGAUAAUGAAAGAAGGUAUAAAGUGAAGUACCUGCAGUGAAUUAAAAUUUCACAUAAAUAAAUGUUCAUCUUUUUA